UGAUUUGUAUAGUGUACAAAUUUCAGCAGAACUUUGUGGUGGAAAGUGUGCUCAAGUUCAAGGAUGCACUCAUUUUACAUGGACUCAAUACAAUGGUGGUACUUGUUGGCUGAAAUCAGGCACAGUUUCCAAAAGUGAUGCCUUUUCAACCAGCGAUUCAACUAUGGUCUGUGGUGUAGUGCCUGACGGCCAACAAGGAGGAAGUGGUUCGACUAUUCAGUGGAACGGAAAUAAUUGGGCCAUGUCGUGUGAUUUCCAAGGAAAUGAUUUGUAUAGUGUACAAAUUUCAGCAGAACUUUGUGGUGGAAAGUGUGCUCAAGUUCAAGGAUGCACUCAUUUUACAUGGACUCAAUACAAUGGUGGUACUUGUUGGCUGAAAUCAGGCGCAGUUUCCAAAAGUGAUGCCUUUUCAACCAAUGAUUCAACUAUGGUCUGUGGUGUGGUUUAA